UUCACAAUGCAGCGAAAAGGCACUGCACGAGAGCCAGCCGGCUCAACUUCGGCGGGAGUUGAAGCGAAGUCCUCAAGGGCAGCCUCGAGCAGGUAGUCCCGGGCUGGAACCCUGGGGCACAAAGAGCCCAGAACUGCGGGCUCCUGGUUGCCCUAGGACGCAGUGCUGGUAAGCAAUGCUGCGGCACAUCAAUGAGGAUGCAGGCCACGCGGGGCGUGAAACACGUUCCAGCCCAGCCCCAGCCGCGAGGCUGCUAGCCUUGCUCCACGCGUGGCCUCAACUUUCGCAGCCUCAGCCUCACUCUCCGCUCUCGCGCCGUGGGACGCAGGGGCCUCGCGAGUCCGCUUGCAAAGGGGGGGGGCAGAGCGCGCGCGCAGCGGCUGCUGCAUCGGGGUGGGGUCGCAGCCCGAAUUUCCUGCCAGCUAGAGCAUGAGGGGCAUUCUCAACGCAAAACCAGCUCCAGAAAGUAGUGACCUGCCUCCUCAGAUUACUCCGGGCUGGCUCCUCCCUUGCUCCCCCUUCCACCUCCAGAUUUGCAUAAAAAAGGCCAAGAAAACUCUGGCUGGGCCCCAGCCGCCGCUCACUCUGCUCCCCCGGGUCGAGCCCCCCGGAGCUGCGCGCCGGCUUGCAGCGCCUUGCCCGCGCCGACUUCCCCGCGCCCGGCUUCGCGCUCUCGCGGCGCCGGCUUUGCAGAGCCCCCGAGCAGAGCGAGCGGGUCCGGGACGAGCUCGGGCUCCUGCUGCCUCGCGCUUCCCCGACUCGGCUGCCUCCGCCUCCCCCUCACCCCCGGGGGUCGCUAGUCCACGAUGCCGCGGGGCCCUGGCUCGCUGCUGCUGCUAGUCCUCGCCUCGCACUGCUGCCUGGGCUCGGCGCGUGGGCUCUUCCUCUUCGGCCAGCCCGAUUUCUCCUACAAGCGCAGCAACUGCAAGCCCAUCCCAGCCAACCUGCAGCUCUGCCACGGCAUCGAGUACCAGAACAUGCGGCUGCCCAACCUGCUGGGCCACGAGACCAUGAAGGAGGUGCUGGAGCAGGCUGGCGCCUGGAUUCCGCUAGUCAUGAAGCAGUGCCACCCGGACACCAAGAAGUUCCUGUGCUCGCUCUUCGCCCCUGUCUGUCUCGACGACCUAGACGAGACUAUUCAGCCGUGCCACUCGCUCUGCGUGCAGGUGAAGGAUCGCUGCGCCCCGGUCAUGUCCGCCUUCGGCUUCCCCUGGCCCGACAUGCUGGAAUGCGACCGUUUCCCGCAGGACAACGACCUCUGCAUCCCCCUCGCUAGCAGCGACCACCUCCUGCCGGCGACAGAGGAAGCCCCGAAGGUGUGCGAAGCCUGCAAAACUAAAAAUGAUGACGACAACGACAUAAUGGAAACUCUCUGUAAAAAUGAUUUUGCUUUGAAAAUCAAAGUGAAGGAGAUAACCUACAUCAACAGAGACACCAAAAUCAUCCUGGAGACCAAGAGCAAGACCAUUUACAAGCUGAACGGUGUGUCCGAAAGAGACCUGAAGAAAUCAGUGCUGUGGCUCAAAGACAGCCUGCAGUGCACCUGUGAGGAGAUGAACGACAUCAACGCACCCUAUCUGGUCAUGGGACAGAAACAGGGUGGGGAGCUGGUGAUCACCUCAGUGAAGCGGUGGCAGAAGGGCCAGAGAGAAUUCAAACGCAUCUCCCGCAGCAUCCGCAAGCUGCAGUGCUAAUUUGCUAGUGGGGUGGCUUCUGACUAGCCAGGCCCAGGGCUCCACUUCCGCUCUGCGAACUCACUUCCGGUGUCCCAAUCACAGUCCCGAAAGCUCCAGCCCCAACUUGGAGCAGCUUGACCUGCCUCUUGCAUGUGUGUACCCCUAACAUUUCCUGAGUUAUAAGGCCCUAGGCAGCCUCGGGAAUGGAGAGCUGUCUUCACAUAAAGCAAAAGCCCGUCCAGAUCUUGUAGAAAUAUUCCAACUAAUAAAACCGUGACUAUUUUUAUGAAGUUUUAAAACAGCUCAUUUUAAGGUUAGUUUUGAUUAGGUAGUCCUGCGACCUGAGGGGCACGUUCCCUCUUUGGUCAGUCCGUUGGUUUAUACUGUGCACUCAGAUUGCCAUGUCAGGCAGAUGUUUGAUUUUUCUCUUUGGUCUACACUUGUGGGUCUCAGACCUAGUUGAGAUAAAGCUGGCUGUUAUCUCAACCUCUUCCUCGGCUCCAGCCUUGGCGUCUAAGUCUUAAAACCCUUCAUUGCUCAUGUACAUCCUCCUUAACUUCCACUGUUGCAUGCAUCCCAUCAAUUUUAAGAGUACAACUAACCGUUCCUCAUGGCAUGAUGCCUUCAAAUAAAGGCGAAGUAAAUACAGUUUAUAAAUGGACUGGAGUAUUUUAAACUUUGUUUGAAACAUUUUUUUUUACUCUUAUUUUCUUUUCCAUUUUCGCAAAUUAAAUCAUUGUAGCUUACCUGUAAUAUACGUAGCAGUUUACCCGGAAAAGUUGUAAAAAUGUUGCUUUAACCAACACUGUAAAUAUUUCAGAUAAACAUUAUAUUCUUUGUAUAUAAACUUUGCACCCUGUUACACCUA